AUCCCCUUCAUUGGUCUUUCUAAAGUCUUGAAUUUGAGGUCCUGGUUUUUCAGAUUCCCUGAGAGCAUGGACUCUGUGAACCCAAUCCUCAAUCUUGCCACUAGCCUGUGGAAUUGCACGGCCAAUUGUGUCUCUCAUAUCCGUGGUCUCAAACAAAAUGUUGAAAACUUGAGACGCCUAAUGGAGAGACUGCACCUUCGAAGUGAAGAUGUAAAGAGAAGACUGGAACUUGAAGAGCGAGAACAGAUGAUACCCCUACUGGAGGUGCAAGGCUGGCUUUGUGACGUUGGUGUUUUGAAAAAUGAAGUGGAUGCGAUUCUGCAAGAAGCGGAUCUACUACUAGAAAAGCAAUAUUGUCUGGGAAGCUGUCGUAAUAUCCGGCCAAAAUACAACCUUGUAAAGAGAGUGGCUGAAAAAAGCACGCAUGCGGCGGAACUAAUAGCAAGAGGAGAUUUUGAAAGAGUGGCAGCCAUGUUUCUUCGUCCUGUUGUAGAUGAAUUACCUCUUGGGCAUACCGUGGGCUUAGAUUCUCUGUCUCAGAGGGUGUGCAGCUGCUUUUACGAAGAUGAAGUAGGAAUUGUUGGAUUAUAUGGAGUACGCGGUGUUGGCAAGACAACACUACUGAAGAAAAUCAACAACGAUCGCCUCCGCCAAUUUUCUUACGAAUUUAAUAUAGUGAUUUGGGUUGCAGUGUCGAAUCAAGCAAGCGUGACAUCUGCUCAAGAGGUGAUUGCAAACAAGUUACAGAUCAAUGGUAGAAUGUGGCAAAAUAGAAGUCAGGAUGAAAAGGCCAUAGAAAUAUUCAAUAUCAUGAAAAGACAAAGGUUUUUGCUGUUGUUGGACAAUGUAUGCCAACGAAUUGAUCUCUCAGAAAUAGGAGUUCCUCUUCCUCCGGAUGCUAAAGACGGGUCCAAAGUAAUAAUCACAACUCGAUCCUUGAAAAUCUGCAGUGAGAUGGAAGCUCAAAGGAGGUUUAAAGUAGAGUGUUUGCCAUCGACAGAAGCCUUGAAUUUGUUCAUGCUGAUGGUCAGAGAGGACACUCUAAGUUCUCAUCCUGAUAUACGAAAUCUUGCCUACAGCGUUAUGGAGAGAUGCAAAGGCUUGCCACUUGCACUCGUUACUGUUGGACGAGCAUUGGCCGAUAAGAAUACUCUUGGGGAAUGGGAACAAGCGAUACAGGAGCUGGAGAACUUCCUACUAGAAAUUUCAGACAGGUUGCCUCGUGCUGUGGUAGAUGAAAUGCCUCUUGGGCAUAUCGUGGGCUUAGAUCGGUUGUAUGAGAGAGUGUGCAGCUGCCUCACCGACUAUAAAGUAAGAAUUAUUGGAUUAUAUGGAACAGGAGGCAUUGGAAAAACAACACUAAUGAAGAAAAUCAACAAUGAGUUCCUCAAAACAAGUCACCAAUUCGAUACAGUGAUUUGGGUUGCCGUGUCCAAGAAAGAAAAGGUGCAAGAAAGUGUGAGAGCGGCUCAAGAGGUGAUUCGGAAUCAAUUACAGAUCCCGGAUAGCAUGUGGCAAGGUAGAACAGAGGAUGAAAGGGCUACAAAAAUAUUCAACAUCUUGAAAACAAAAAAAUUUGUGCUACUUUUAGAUGAUGUAUGGCAACCAUUUGAUCUCUCAAAAAUAGGAGUUCCUCCUCUUCCAAGUCUUCUGUAUUUCAGAGUAAUAAUCACAACUCGAUUACAGAAAACAUGCACUGAAAUGGAAGUUCAACGGAAGUUUAGAGUAGAGUGUUUGGAACAGGAAGAAGCCUUGGCUUUGUUCAUGAAGAAGGUCGGAGAGAACACCCUGAAUUCUCACCCUGAUAUACCGCAGCUUGCUGAAAAGGUGGCAGAGCGGUGCAAAGGCUUGCCACUUGCCAUUGUUACUGUUGGACGAGCAAUGGCUGAUAAGAAUUCUCCCGAGAAAUGGGAUCAGGCAAUCCGAGAACUGAAGAAAUUCCCAGUGGAAAUUUCAGGUAUGGAGCUUCAGUUUGGGGUUUUGAAACUAAGCUAUGAUUACUUGACAGACGAUAUCACCAAAUCUUGUUUCAUAUACUGUUCUGUGUUUCCCAAGGGAUAUGAAAUUAGGAAUGAUGAGCUUAUAGAACAUUGGAUUGGUGAAGGAUUUUUUGACCAUAAGGACAUAUAUGAAGCACGCAGACGAGGACACAAAAUCAUUGAAGACCUAAAGAAUGCAAGCUUGUUAGAGGAGGGUGAUGGAUUUAAAGAAUGUAUCAAGAUGCACGAUGUGAUACACGACAUGGCUCUAUGGAUAGGUCAAGAAUGUGGAAAAAAGAUGAACAAGAUUUUGGUGUAUGAAUCUCUUGGGCGUGUUGAGGCUGAGAGGGUCACCAGCUGGAAGGAGGCAGAAAGGAUAUCAUUGUGGGGAUGGAAUAUUGAGAAACUCCCAGAAACACCACAUUGCUCUAAUCUCCAGACUCUCUUUGUGAGGGAGUGCAUUCAAUUGAAGACGUUUCCAAGAGGAUUCUUCCAAUUCAUGCCUCUCAUAAGAGUUCUAGAUUUGUCAACCACUCAUUGUUUAACUGAGUUACCUGAUGGGAUUGACAGAUUAAUGAACUUGGAAUACAUUAAUCUUUCAAUGACACAAGUAAAAGAGUUGCCGAUUGAGAUCAUGAAGUUGACAAAACUGAGGUGCUUGUUACUGGAUGGUAUGCUUGCACUUAUAAUUCCUCCACAAUUGAUAUCUAGUCUUUCAUCAUUACAAUUGUUCAGUAUGUAUGAUGGAAAUGCUUUAUCUGCAUUUCGCACCACCUUAUUGGAGGAAUUGGAGUCCAUAGAAGCUAUGGAUGAGUUAUCUCUCUCCUUCCGUAAUGUUGCUGCUCUCAAUAAAUUACUGAGCUCCUACAAGUUACAAAGGUGCAUAAGAAGAUUAAGUAUACAUGACUGCAGAGAUUUCUUGUUGCUUGAGCUAUCAUCAAUAUCUCUGAACUAUUUGGAGACUCUUGUUAUAUUCAAUUGUCUUCAAUUGGAAGAAAUGAAAAUUAGUAUGGAAAAACAGGGAGGCAAAGGAUUGGAACAAUCAUAUGAUACCCCCAACCCUCAGUUGAUAGCGAGAAGCAACCAACACUUCCGCAGUCUUCGUGAUGUCAAGAUUUGGAGUUGUCCAAAACUGUUGAACUUGACCUGGCUUAUUUAUGCUGCAUGCCUUCAGUCACUUAGUGUUCAAUCCUGUGAAUCCAUGAAAGAAGUGAUAAGUAUUGACUAUGUAACUUCAAGUACACAGCACGCCAGCAUAUUCACAAGGCUCACAUCUCUAGUAUUAGGUGGUAUGCCAAUGCUAGAGAGCAUCUAUCAGGGGGCACUGCUCUUCCCCUCAUUGGAAAUAAUCUCCGUGAUCAAUUGCCCGAGGCUAAGAAGGCUCCCAAUCGAUUCAAACAGUGCCGCCAAGAGCUUAAAGAAAAUUGAAGGAGAUCUAACCUGGUGGGGAAGGUUGGAAUGGAAGGAUGAAUCUGUGGAGGAGACUUUCACCAACUAUUUUUGCCCACAAUACUUGGCUGACCCAAUCCAGCACUCAGGGGAAGUGCAGGGAAAGAAGAAACUGGUGGUAGAAGGUUCAACCUCAAGGGCAGCCACCUAAACACAGCUUCUCAAGCACAGAAGUUAAAACUCAUGAGGGAACAGGUACCAUUGACUCACUCUCCAUAACUAUUAACCACCCACAGCCAAAUCUCCAAAACUUAAGUUGGUCAUUUCAUCCGAUAUCAUUCACUGAUUAUAAUGCACAAAACAGGUCUGCUUUCUUUAAGAGUUGAAAUUAAUGCAUAAACUUCUAAAAUUCACAAAAUUUCUUAUUUCAAAAUCUAUACUAAACCCUAAAUUAUUGAAUUAAAACUAUUUGGUAGAAUCAUAUGGUAUAAACACAAGUGUUGCUCAAGUCUAAUCUUAUUAACAGAAGGUGCUUCACUGGUGGAUGAGUGGACAUACCUGCAAAAUCUUAGUGGCUCUUUGGCACUAUGACUAAUAAACAUGGAAAAAUGCUAUUUUAUUUUUU